AAGAAAGAAAAUACACUCCAACAAAAAACAACAAAAAAAAAUCAAAGGGAUUUCAUGUGUUGUGCGUGACGAAAAUCGACCAGCCACAGAGGGACUGCAGGCGUACCGAACAGCAAAUACGAAUUAAUUUCCCAAUCAUACCCGCGGGGGGAGGGCUGUCGUGUGCGUGUGUGACCGAGUUUUGUGUUCAGUUUUCCCACACGGUCGAGUUUCGGUGCAUUCGCUUUCGCCCAGCUGCAGCUCGGCUGUGUUGUGUUUUUGGUUGGCUGUGGCAGUGGUGGUGGGGCGGAUUGAUAUUUUCCCUCUUCCUCCCUUGUUAGUAGAGCAGUGAGGAAACUAUUUUGGGUCGCCGUGUGUGUGUGACAAUUAGGUCCGCAUUUUAUUGGAACGCCACACUGGAACACCUGGCUGGAAUGUACUGUGGUCAGGGUAGAGUAGUGAAGUGAUUCCUGGUUUCUGCUGCUGCUUGGAAACGGAUUGCUGAGUGGCAUUGCUGCACACUCCUUACAAGUGCAUUGAAAGUAUGCCUGGCUCGAUGCUGAACUAGAAGACCCAAGUCCAUCCGGCCUCCAAGCGGGCCCGUGCGCGAAAGUUGUGCCCGAAAGAAAAGAAGCAAACAGAAAGAAACGGUCCCCCUGUGCGGCCCACCGAAACCCGGAUACAUCCCAACAAUGAGCAAGCAUAUGUACUCCACGGCGAAUCUGUCGGACGUCGAGCUAAAGGAUCAAGGCAAUCGGCUCUUCUCCGCCCGGAAGUACGACGAUGCCGUCAAUCUGUACACGAAAGCAAUCAUCAAAAACUCCACAAAUGCCACCUACUUUACGAACCGCGCCCUCUGCCACAUCAAAAUGAAGCGCUGGGAGACGGCCUGCGUCGACUGCCGGCGGGCGCUCGAUAUGGACCCGAACCUCGUCAAAGGGCACUUCUUUCUCGGCCUCAGCCUGAUGGAGCUGGAAUCGUUCGACGAAGCGAUCAAGCACCUGCAGCGCGCCCACGAUCUGGCCAAGGAGCAGAAGCUCAACUUCGGGGACGAUAUUGCAUCCCAGCUGCGGCUGGCGCGGAAGAAGCGCUGGAACAUACAGGAGGAGAAGCGCAUAUGUCAGGAGAUUGAACUGCAAUCGUAUCUAAAUAGACUUAUCACGGAAGAUAUGGAAAACCGUAUGGCCAAGCUGAAGGUGGACGACACGAUCAACGAGGAAACGCUCAAGGAAAAGGCGAUGGAGAUAGAGCGAGAGGGCGAAAAUCAUAUGACUGAAUUAAACAAUCUGUUUGCAAAGGUGGACGAUAGGCGACGGAAACGAGAGGUACCUGACUACCUGUGCGGUAAGAUCAGCUUCGAGCUGCUGGUAGAUCCCGUCAUCACACCGUCCGGCAUGACGUACGAGCGGAAGGACAUCGAGGAGCAUCUGCAGCGGGUCGGCCACUUCGAUCCGGUAACGCGCGUCAAACUGACGCAGGACCAGCUGAUAUCGAACUACUCGAUGAAGGAGGUGGUGGACGCGUUCCUGCAGGAGAACGAAUGGGCGCUCGAUUAUUAGGAGACGGCGGCGACGGAAACGAAGGAAUUGCAACGCGAUUCUCCCCCGAGGUAUGUGUAGCAGUAGCUAGGAGAGGAUUACGGUUUGGAGUGCGUUUGAGACGAUAGGGGUAGAGAAAAGGGACAGUAUGUAUGUACAUGGUAGCACCAAAUUAAGCAACAGUGUGUUUUUACAACCUUGAUUGAAUGCAAAAAGUAAGAAGAACAAAAAUAAUUAGAAGUUUAAAGAAAAAAAAAAGGAAAUUUGUUAUAAAAAAGAAUUUCUAUGAUGAUCGUUAUAAUUAGGAUGAAAAACACAGAAACAAAAAAAACGCUCCGCAGAACUUCCCAUCAUAGGUUUCCCCUCCCCCUGUAGUUAACGGCCAGGAAGUAGCGCCUCAUCAACAAUUCGAUGUGAUUUAAGUUAGUGACCCGUAAAGUGUAUGGCUAGAUAUGUAAAGGGAACAGCUCGUCAGCACCGUCAGCCAGUUGGCAGCAUUGUUUGUGGAGCGCAUCAUCUUCCGUGUUCAGCGAGCUUUAGCUGUGUGUGUGUUGCACGGAAAAAAACAAUACUUACAGCAAUACUAUAUCAUCCAUUUUGUUUUGUUCUUCUACGUAGUUUUACGGUUGUUUUGAAGUGUUACGCUCCUUUCCAAUAGGUAAACUCAAUUGUAAAAUUACCCUCUUCUCCCAUUGCUGGGUUUUGGAGUCGUGGAGCGAGCGAAACGAAGCUUAACUUAACAUAUCCCAUCCUCCAUUCGUGCGUUCUUCUACUCCUUCUUACAUGUGAAAUCGUGCUCAGAAAAGUUUGUUGAGUGAUUGUUAAUGGUGUAUUUGAAUUAAGUUACAAUAAAUUUACCAUACCCACCAG